AUGUACCGCCAAUUAAUUCAACUGAAUGCUUUCUUUCCACAUUCCUUUAGCAAAUUUGUCAGCAAAGCUGGAAGUGGUUGUGUGAGUCUGGAAGUCACGCUAUAUGAUAUUCCUGGAGGCGGUGAUGAUGUGGCUGUUGAAUUUCGGAUGAAAAACACCAAAGGAAGCAUUGUACAGACAAGUGCUAAACAAGCAAUUGAAGUGGUAUGA